CUGGGAAAAGCUCGUGUCAAAGCAGUUGGGCAGAUGCAGCGACCAGGGGCAGCCAUGGCAGCACAAAAACAAAGGCACGGUGGCUGAGCCGCCCACGGGGAAAACGAGAAUCCCGUCGAAUUCAGCGUCAGCCAACAGUCAAUUUCCUGCCGAUGCGUCCUUGGCACACCCCGCUAUGCCCCUUUGGGUGCUUAUCGCUCUUAUCGUGCCCUCCAGGAUGAGGUCAUCUGCAGAAACGAGAGAUCAACGGCCCCGUUUGGUUGGCUGGAAAAAGGCCUCGUCAGCUGAAAAGAGCGGGGCCGUCCCGAUGCUUUGAGAUGAACCACUUCAAAACUGAAAACUUCUACGAGAUCAAACGAGAAAUAUCAAAAGCCACAGCCUCCUCCUCUACCAACCACAUCUCCGUGUGCCGAUAUGCCAUUAGCCAUCCAACAGACAAACACACGAUCCGGUUGAUUCCAGCAGACAAAAAAAUCAGGGCUGAGCUCUGUUGGCUAGCCGGAUUCGCCUGAUUUGUAGUAGGGAUGGCGCGAGCAGCGUAUGAGCUGUUCCAGACAACCUUCGCGGUCUCCACUUUCUACCACAGGCUCUGCAAGCAAGUAAGCAGGGUUGAAGCAAGCCUUGACAUGACAGAGGUGCGAGAUAGCAUCUCCAGGAUGAGGGUCCAUGUUGCGAGCUACUGCCCAAGUAACUAUAUGUAACCAGUAUGUAGACGACCUGCCACCAGGUUGUUCGUAGUGUAUCUAGUCAAUAUCUAAUUAGCAGGAAUGAUACGGUCACCGUAAGGUAACUAGAACUGCAUACCGGGACAUAGUCGCCAUUGCUUUUUGGACUAGUUGACCCAACAGUCGCUUUUGUCGGUGUUUUCAUCUUCAGACCAGCUUGUUGAAGAUAGGAGAGGCGUGCCCUUUGCGAAUAUCCUUGAGGACGCUUCUGUGGCGUUUUCCACUCAUCCUGGAGAGUAUGAUGCAAUGAGGAGAAAUUGACUGAGGCAUAUGGAUGAAAUAGGAUGAGGGGGAAGCUGGAUUUGUUGUAUUCGCGAAGUGAAGCGGGAAACGCGAUUAAAAUGUUGGCAAUUUUGAUGGGCAAGCCUGGAAAGCAGAAUCUGACCGUGCCUUACCACUCUACCUCACCACUGGCGAAAAUCGACAAUGACUACCCUCACGACUCUCUCGAACGAGCUACUGGAAACGAUAUGUGAUGCACUCCGGGAAAUGCCUGAGGGGUGCCAUCCAACAAUGGAGAAUGGCCUUGGGGCCCUGUACACCCUCACUCACCAGCCACAGGCUUCGCGGUGUUGCCGAAUAUCAUCUCUACCGACUCGGGGUGGAAGAGUACAAGGCACUGCCUCUGGCCUGGACGGCUCUUACCGGCCGUGCUGUCACAUUUCUCAAGGCCGUUGGCUACGGCGGUGCGGAUCCGAACACUGGGUUCAAGUUUUUCUACUCAGGCCCUUCUGGAUGUGGUUCAAAUGACAUCAUUGAACGUGAUCUCCAACGUGGUCUCACCACAAGAGAACAUGGAACGAGGGUGUUUCCUCAACCCCUCAAAACAAACUAUCUCGCUAUGCACGAGGUAUCCCAUCUCGUUAUGCAGGCCAUAUCACUCCUUGGUGCCUUCAGCUUGAUGUUCUCGUACCAACCCAACGCAUCGUCUUUGGUGACGAAAGUUCGCACCUCUCGUGGGCCGACGCUGAUCAUUUGCCUCCUGGAAACCACCAACACAACGACCGAGACAUGGAGGACGACCGGCAGGGCCUUGGCAAUGUGUCGAACUCAGCGAAGGCGAUGGCGAGUGGGAAGCCCAGAUGGUCGAGUCGGGCGAGAGGGUUACUCGUGCAUACACCGCGUUGCACAUAGCGGCCGGGCGGGGGCAUCUCGAAAUUGUGACACUCUUGUUGGACCAUGGUGCUGAUCUCCAACGCCAGUCUACAGGGUUCUGCGGUUGCUCGCCUCCGCGUUCGGAAUGGGAGGAGAUUGAACGCGAAUGGGCCUACGACUAUUAGGAGGGUGGAGAAGAGACAUGGACACCACUCCACGUCGCCUUGUGCUCUAAUAAUGACGAAGUAGCUCAGCUCCUCAUCUCGCGCGGGGCUAACGUCAGAAACACGGGCAGCUUGAAGUGGUCUGUAUAUCACCAAUUGGCCUUUACGGCAAGCUCGACUUCCUCCGCAUUGUCCUAGACAGGCUUCCCCUGCAGGUUGCCGAGAUUCGCGACGUCAACGAGACAACUCCAUUGACCUAUGCCUGCUUGGGACACCAUGUCGACUCUCUCGUUCCGUUUCUCCUCAGUUAUGGUGGGAGAAUCAACGAGAAAACCUACAUUAGCCUUUGUUUCCAAAAAUGCGGUUUUUGCGAAUCCACUGGGCCAGGCAUUUGCUUUGGGCUACUUACAAGACGCUCUCCAGCUUCUCAAAUACGGUUCCGAUCCGACAGACGACAUUCAGGUGGAAAUAUCUGAGGCUCCAGUUGACAGGGAAUCAUGGAUUCCUCCGUUAGUUAUGUGCUGUUAGCCGGGACUCAAUAAUGACAAAUCACAAGAAGAUGCCCGCCUCGAGCUACUACGUAGACUGGUCAAUCCCGAAGGCCCUUUCGAUUGGGAUAUUCCGGGGCCCUACGAUGGCCCUGGAUACUACCCCUCUGUCGCCACUUUUCUUUCUUUGGCAGCUUGGUGUUCUAUCAAGGGACUUGUCAAGACGUUAUUAGAAGCCGGCGUCGACGACAAUUCGUGUGACAACCUGGACAGGAAUGCGUUGAUGACGUUGGUGGGCGACGUGUUUUCAUGGAAGGCAGACCAGCUGGUGUUACGCGGUCAUUUCCAUAUCCCUCAAGAAAUGGAAGACAACGAGUACUAAGACUCUGUUCUUGGGAUGGUUCGACUGCUGCUAGAUGCCGGAAUUCGUCCCAACCAUCAGGACGCGUUUGGAAGAACUGUGCUGCACCACCUGUUUAUGGCGCAGCCUGGCUGGCGACCAGACCGGUUGAAGCCUGACGAGGCAGGGGAAAUCGUUGGAUUGCUUCUUGCAAAAGGCACAGCUUCCCUGAUUUGAGACAAGCAGGGCUGCUCCGCCCUAAGGAGAGCCGUCAGGAGCAAAUGCAAAUGGGCUCUGGAGGUCAUGUGCCGGACAUGCCGGUUUGAACUGAGGGACGCUUUCCCCACUCACACGACGAGGUGUUUGAUGUGUUGGUCGACUGCGACUGCGACCGACGACCUGAAUCCGAAUUGCCGCGAAAUCGUGAUGUAGAGGGGGGUGCGUACGACGAGCUGGCAGAGUAUUGCGGUUAUAAACGCGCAAAGGAUUAUGAUCGUGUACGUACACAUUACUACAGUGAUUAUCCACUUGAGUCUUUCGAUUCGGGUGGGCAAUUUUUCUGCAGCAAGAGCCAGACCGAAGAGCUGGUCCAGUUGCUGUGCAAUCUCGAUCGCACAGCCAGUUGCGAUCGAGACCAGGAGAUCGGCCAUGACGAGGGCCACGCUCUUCGCUACGCGGGUUCUGUUAUCAGGGAGCGUUUGGAAGAGGCACUGGAAGCAGGUUCCGCGUCAAGCCGACUCCGUCAAAGACAGAACUAGGCAAGAAAGCCAGCACCCCACGAAAGACAGCCGAGAAUACAUUAUUAGAUACAACACAGGAGACAAGUCAAGUGUUGGGAGGCUCCAUGGUCCUCUUCUUUGCAGGCCUUCUCUUUGCUCGCCGAUAUGCAUUUUUGACCAGCAUGUAUACAUAGCUACCUACCUUCAACUACGCACACUUUGGGCCACUGCCUUGCUUUUCUUCCUUUUCUUACCUUCUAGAUACAUCACUAACAUCACUUGUCCUGGUCUAUAAUUCUGGUGCCUCCACGCCAAUGGGGUCGUUAUAUGUCGGGGCACUUGACUGACGAGGAGUUUGGUUAGGCAGUGGUCGCCGUUAAGUUCAUCGCUUUGGAGGUUGCCAAGAAGUCAGCGUGCUCGUGCUCGUGCCAGGAGGGUUGCUAAGCAUGGAAAGGCCUUGUGUUGUGAGGAUAUCUCUGUGAGAGCGAGGUAGAUAGCCUAAUAGCAUGACCGACAACUACGGCUACUCAUCGGUACUCUCGGAGUCUUCCCAUUCGUUGGUGGGGUUGACGAUGGAAGUGGAGCCAAAGGGCAUUGUGGGUCAGUGGCAGGGCCAGGGGCAGGGCGGCAGGGGUUACUAUUAUUAUCAGCGCUUAUCGAUAAGACGGUCCAAAAAAAUGGCCCAAGAGUCUGUCGCAGAGCGGCCACUGAGAUUUUCUUUGCGACUUUGCGCACCACACCCCGGUCGGUCCAUUUAUCAAUUGACUGCUUUUUCCGCUCUCGCAACCCGCCAAAAUGUCUGCCGGAAAGAAGCACGCCCGCCCCGACGGGGAGGAGCAGGCCGUUCGCUCCUCCAAGAAGGCAAAGACCGACGAGGUUGCCAAUGCCACGACCGACGCCGAUGGCUCCGACUUGAAGGCCGAGAAGAAGAAGCAGAAGAAGAAGGACAAGAAGGAGAAGGAGAAGAGGGAAAGGGGGGAGAAGAAGGAAAGGAAGGAGAAAAAAGAGAACAAGGAGGACGCCAACGAGCAAAAAGACACCGAGAUCCCCGACGCCGACGCCGACGCCGAGUCCGGGCCCAAGGCUGAGAAGACGGACAAGAAGAAGGAUAAGAAGAAGUCUAACAAGUCCAAGUCAUCCGAGGAGCCUAUCGCCAGCGCUUCCGAUGACGAGAUAAAGGCUUACCUGACCAAGGAGGAGAUCAAAAUCGAGGACCCAUCCAACAGCCCUCUGCAGCCCAUCCUCAAGUUCACCCAGCUUCCCACCUCCAAGCUCAUCGCCAAGAAGCCCUUCGCCGCCUACAAUGCCCCCACUCCCAUUCAGGCCGCUUCCUGGCCCUUCACCCUUGCCGGCCGCGAUGCGAUCGGUAUUGCCGAGACGGGUUCUGGAAAGACCAUGGCCUUCGCUCUGCCCUGCGUCGAGAAGCUUAGCAUCCACUCCAAGAAGGCGUCCAAGGACUACCGCAGCACCCGCCCACGCGCCGUCAUUGUGGCACCCACCCGUGAGCUGGCCAUGCAGACGCACGAGGCUGUCUCUGGGCUGGCUUCUCAGGUCGGUCUCACGGCCGUCUGCAUCUACGGUGGCGCGAGCAAGGAUGACCAGCGCGCGCUUCUGCGCAAGAACAGCGGUGCCGAUAUCAUCACGGCGACCCCUGGCAGAUUGAAGGACUUCCUUUCCGACAACACUGUCAACCUCGGCGACGUCAUGUUUGCCGUGCUCGACGAGGCCGAUCGCAUGCUGGACAAGGGUUUCGAGGACGAUAUCAAGCUGAUCUUGGGUGGCUGCCCGCCAAAGGAGGAGCGCCAGACGCUGAUGUUCACUGCGACAUGGCCAACAAGUGUGCGUGUUCUCGCCGAGAGCUUCAUGGUCAACCCCGUCAAGGUCACCAUUGGAAACCGCACUCGCGCCGGCGAAGAUGGGAACAGCAGUGGUACCGUCGAGUUGCAAGCCAACAGCAGAAUCGAGCAAAAGGUCGAGGUCGUCGAUCCCCGGGGCAAGGAGCAACGGCUCUUGGAGCUUCUCCGUGAAGCACAGAAGGGCUCGGCCAAGAACGACAGGAUAUUGGUGUUUUGCCUGUACAAGAAGGAGGCGGUGCGCGUGGAGCAGUUCCUCGAAAGGCGAGGCAUCCGCGUCGCUAGUAUCCACGGUGACCUCCGACAGGACCAGCGUACCAAGAGCCUGGAGGCCUUCAAGGCCGGUACCACAUCGGUGCUGGUUGCCACAGAUGUUGCCGCCCGUGGGUUGGAUAUCCCCGAGGUUAAGCUUGUCAUCAACGUCACCUUCCCCUUGACCAUCGAGGACUAUGUCCAUCGCAUUGGCCGAACAGGCCGUGCCGGAAAGACAGGCAAGGCCAUCACGCUGUUCACUGAGCACGACAAGGCGCACUCUGGCUCCCUCGUCAACAUCCUCAAGGCCGCCAAGCAAGACGUGCCAGAAGAUCUCUUGAAGUUUGGCACCACCGUCAAGAAGAAGGCCCACGACUCGUAUGGUGCUUUUUACAAGGAUGUGGACAUGACCAAGAAGGCGACCAAGAUUACUUUCUAA